AUGUCAUAUAAUGGGAUUGGGCUUAAAAGUUCGAAGGGAUCUUCAACUUCGGGCCAUAUACAGCGGUCGUUAGCUGACAAUGAAGGUAAGAAGAAUGUGAAGAAUUUUUUGGCUAGACAGGAGAAGUCCAACGGUAAAAGAGAUGUCUCGAAGGGAACUAGGGCGAAGACAGUUGAUGAUAGUAUACUAAAGAGGCUCGAUAGAAGGCAAGUGGAGCUGCAGGUAAGCGAACUUCGGGAUCAAUUGGAGGAUGCUGGCAAUUAUGACGAAAACGAGAUAACCAGGAAGUGCGAUGAGCUACGAGAUGAGUUACAAAAGCAAUUACGGGAGCAUGAUCGCGUCAGGACUGUGUAUACCACUCGGAAAAAAAGAACUCCGGCCGUGGGGGAUGUUAAUUUAAAUGAUGAUUGA